CUAUGUGCACACGGAGGAUUUUUUAUCGCCUGCCAUGCUCUGGUGAAGCGAGUGUGGCUGCAUACUUGCUGUAGUCCAUUUGUCCAGUCAACAGUCAACAGUCAACAACUUUAAAUGAAGAAGCGCUUUUCCGGUUGUGGCCUACUCAAUGAGAAGACUCAGUCAUCAAGAUGGUUAGUGCUGUCCCAGACACACAGGGGCCUCCCUUUUCCAUAGGUUCUUCUGGAAUGCAUGUCAACUUUGUUGACCAGAAAAGCAAGAGGAAGAAAAACAGAACUUUGCAGGAGUAUUUGCUUGGAUCAUAUAAAUCUAGGCAAGGUAGGCACUUGUGUCAGAGAGUUUCAAGACCACUGGCCUGACUAGAUAUCAAUUCCCUUGUGGCAUACUGUAUAUGCAUCUGCAAAGCCAUCAUGGCGAACUCCUCUGUGCUUCCUCGUUGGGGUGCCCUUCCGGCUUUAAUUGUCCUUUCUGUGCUUGCAGUCCUUGUAUCAGACGUUGAAGGAGAAAACCAGUGUCCUCCUUUCUCCUGUGGCGAUCUUCACAACAUUUCCUACCCUUUCCGUCGUCCAGGCGACCCAGCUGAGUGUGGUGUGGCGUCAUACGAACUGGUUUGUAGCAAUAGCAAGGCUAUAAUUGACAUCAACACAGGAACAUACUAUGUGACUGGCAUCAACUAUACCGCUUCAUACUUCUGGGCUGUAGAUGCCAACUUGGAUAUGAAUAGCAGCUGCCCUCUUCCUCAGUGGAAUCAACUUCCUUAUCCUUCCUGGCGACUUGUUUCAAGCCAGCUUAUUGAUUUGGUAACUGGAGGCACUUGGGCAUGCUUUCUGAACUGUUCACGAGCAAUAACGAACAAUAGUCGGUACAAGCCUGUUACAUGCCUGAGUACGACCAAUUCAUUUGUUUAUGUCUUAGCUAGUCGCUAUUGUAGCAUCGGACAGCUUGAACCAUCUUGUGGAUACUUGGCCAUGAUUCCCUUUGGUCUCCGCGAUAAUUUUCAAUCAGGUCUACAGGGUCAGGAUGCAAGUUAUGCAGGUAUUUCAGAAUUUACACGGAAGGGUUUUGCUGUUGGAUUUCCUGUUGGUGAAAAUUCCAGGAAGUAUUCAUUUCCUGAGAUCAUCAAAAAAUGCCUUAAUAACUCAACCAGCUACUUCAAGCAGCAAAUAUCUGGCGCAGGCAUCCUGCAUUGGGCACGAGCUUUUUUCUGGAGUGAUAUACAUUUCUUAGAAUGCUUGAUAGUUUGUGAUUCCUCAACAGUAUCCUUAAAUGUGCUUGGUAGAGCCAUAAUAUCUUUCCCCAAGUUCCUUGCUGUAUUAUGCAGGUUCGUGUUGGCGCCCCUGACCGUAGUGAUUUUUCUUGCCUUCAAGUACUGGAAAACAAAUAUAACAGUCAAUGGAGUUGACAAGUUCUUACGGAUGCAAGAAAUGCUAGGACCAAUGAGGUAUGCAUACACUGACAUCACCGCAAUCACAAGCCAUUUCAGAGACAAGCUGGGCCAAGGGGGCUACGGCUCCGUGUAUAAGGGUGUUUUGCUGCCAGGCGAUGUCCAUGUCGCUGUCAAGAUGCUAGAGGGCAAAGCCAACUGUGACGGAGAAGAUUUCAUCAGUGAGGUCUCCACCAUUGGUAGGAUCCACCACAUCAAUGUGGUGCGCUUAGUGGGAUUCUGCUCAGAGGAAACGAGGAGAGCGCUGGUCUAUGAGUACAUGCCUCAGGGUUCUCUAGACAAGUACAUCUUCUCAUCAGGAAAGAGUUUCUCCUGGGACAGGCUCAAUGAAAUUGCUUUGGGCAUUGCAAGAGGGCUCGACUAUCUGCAUCAAGGGUGCGAUAUGCAGAUAUUACACUUUGACAUCAAACCACACAACAUCCUUCUUGAUAGCAAUUUUGUCCCAAAAGUUGCUGAUUUUGGUCUUGCCAAAUUGUACCCAAGGGGAAACAGCUUUGUGCCUCUGAGCGUCUUACGGGGAACUGUUGGGUACAUAGCUCCUGAGAUGAUAUCUCGGAGCUUUGGUGUCAUAUCUAGCAAGUCCGAUGUUUACAGUUUUGGGAUGCUGCUACUGGAGAUGGCUGGAGGGAGAAGGAACGCUGAUCCAAACGCAGCAAAGUCAAGCCAAGCCUACUACCCAUCGUGGGUGUAUGACUGCCUGACUGAACAAGGAGUGGAUGAAAUAUCUCUUGCUGCUGAGAUGCAUGAGUUGGAGAGGAAGCUCUGCAUUGUCGGGUUAUGGUGCAUUCAGAUGAAAUCUCAUGACCGACCGGCAAUGAGUGAGGUCAUAGAGAUGCUGGAAGCGGGCAUUGAUAUCCUGCAAAUGCCUUCGAGGCCCUUUUUCGGUGAUGAGGGGCGCAUCCAUGUGGAGGAUUCUUACCACUUGUCAUCCGAGCUGACUGCGAUCUCGGAGGAGGAUGAGCAGAAUGCACAUCUGUGAGGCCUGCAAUAAUAUAUCUUGAUUUCAAACAAAGCGGAGCUACAGCAUGACGGAGGUUCGAGAUAUGAUCGACGGGUAAUGUUCAUCUCAUCUAUAAAUCUAUUUUUUCGUCGUUCUAGCUAUAUGAGUCUAAUUUAUCGGGAAUUCAUAGGGCAUUCUUCAAGUUCUGUUGUUGACAAGGGAGGGAGCAGCUUAGACGAUAUGACUCUUACGUGCCCAGCAGCCACCAUCAAAUUUCUGUGCACUUUAUGUGUGCACAUGCAGAUACUCCUUGGUAAAGCAAAGGGACAGUUGAUCCAAUGGUAUGCCAAUUUUCCAAUACCUGCUUGAUGCUAACCAUGUUUAUCAGAUACCACGAUGACAUGAAUACUAUAUAUAUACAUAUAUCUUCUAUAUGUGUACAGAUUCUGCCUAUCGAUGAAAUUUCCUGGAACUCAUCGAGCUUAUCUGAAUAUGAAUCUAGAUACUGGAUUGCAUGACUGUCCAUGUACACCUGAGCAUGAAAACUUGCUUAGUUAAUCUGUGGAAUAUAUGCAUGCGUUACCUCUGGUACAAGAAUUAUAUGCGACUGCAUGAAAUGUAAUUAUCUUUUUUGUUACGUAAUCUGCAAAAGGCUGAAUCGGAUAAAUAUUCAACGUAGGCAAUUGGCAGAAAAGUAGAAGGAAAACGACUUGAUUCAACCAACUAAUCGACAAUCGACAUGCUCCAUCCUAACAUCGGGGCGAAGCCAGAUUCAGAACCGAUGUUAUGUGUACCUGGAAAUUUCAAAUCAUUGUCAUUGCUCUUUAUCUGCUCUAAUAAUGAUAUGAUGUCCCUUCGUUUUCCUACAGUAAUAUCCUUUGACUGAUGUGCGUACCGUGGGUGGGGGCUGUAGAUACCCCAAA